GGCGAGAUGACUAUGGGAUCACAAGAGCAUUUUUACAUGGAGCCCCAAUCUUGUAUUGCUGUACUAAUCGGAGAGGCAGGGGAGAUAGAUAUCAUAACAUCAAAACAAUGCCUCAAUGCUGCACAGACAAGUAUCAGCCAAAUGCUUGGAAUCCCUAAGAAUCGAGUCAGAUGUCAUGUGAAGAGAAUUGGUGGUGGAUUUGGAGGAAAAGAAUCUUGUGCUGAGCAUGUCUCAACAGUUGCUGCAUUGGCAGCAACGAAGUUCAACAGACCAACAAGACUGAUUCUUGAUCGUGAAACAGACAUGAUAAAGACAGGAAAGAGGACAAAGUUUCAUGCUAAGUAUAAGGUUGGAUGUAACAAAGAAGGAAAAAUAUUGGCUCAUGAAGUCAAGUUGUAUGCUGAUUCAGGCUUCUUUUCAAGAUUCAAUGAACACUGCAUGGGUUUCCAUUUGCUGUUUCUGGUUUGUGACCAAGGCUAUGCAUUUGGCAAUGUGAAGGUCACGGGCUACAUAUGUGAAACAAACACAAAUAUGGGAAUACCGAUGCGAGGUGCCCUUACCAUACCGCCACUGGUUUUCACACAAGCACUGGUUAAUGAUGUCGCAUUUAGGCUUGACUUGCCCAUUGAACAAGUACACGAGGUGAACAUGCUUAAGAUUGGAGACAAGACACCUCUUGGACGUGAACUACCCGACGUACAUACCAUGCAUACGUGUUGGCUGAGAUGUUUAGAAAGUAGCAAGUAUAUGAAGAAAAGGAAAAUAGUUGAAGAUUACAAUCGGAAAUCCAAGUGGAACAAGCGAGGCUUAUAUAUAACUCCUGUUACCAGAGAUGUUGGUACACCAAACCGUGUAUGGUGGCAGGGAGCCGCCCUUGUGAACAUCUACACUGACGGCUCUGUAUGGGUAAGCCAUGGUGGUAUAGAAAUGGGCCAAGGGCUUCAUACGAAGCUAAUACAGGUCGCAAGUAAAGUGCUGCAAGUGCCACAAGAUAACAUUCACAUUACGGAAACAAGCACUGACUGCGUUCCUAAUGCAACAUUCACUGCAGGUAGCACCGGUUCAGAUAUAUUUGGGAUGGCAGUUAAGGAUGCUUGCGAGAAGCUGAUUCAGAGACUUGCUCCUUACAAGGCAAGCAGUCCAAAGGGCCAGUGGAAAGAUUGGGUUUUAGCUUCAUACAAUGAUUGCACGAGCCUUUCAGCGACAGGAUUUUACCGUCAUCCCAAGGAAUACAAUUGGGACUUGGACAAACCACGCGAGGGAAACUUCGACAAAUACUACGUAUAUGUGGCUGUAGCUGUUGAAGUUGAAGUCGAUUGCCUAACAGGAGCACAUAAAGUUAUUCAAGUCGAUGGUGUGAUGGAUUUUGGUAGAAGUUUGGACCCAACCAUAGAUAUAGGCCAGAUGGAAGGAGCUUUUAUUAUGGUAAUACAAUA